UUUCUAUUGCUGUAUCUUCCAGUUCGUUCAUCUCUCCUUCUGCAGUGUCUAGUCUGCCCUUCAUCCCAUCCAGUGUGUUUUUCAUCUCAAGUGUUUUAAUUUUCAUCAGUUUACAUAUUCCAUUUGGAUCUUUUCGUUUUAUAUCCUCUGUGGCUCUACUUAACAUCUUAACACAUGGGAUACAGUUAUGAAACUUUUAAUGUCCUUCUUUGCCAAUCCUCACACCCACGUCAAGCCUGGGAUAGUGUUAAUAAAUUAUCCUGCUCAUUACGGGUUGUGUUUUCUGGUUUCUUUGCAUAUCUUCUGGGCCCUGUGAAUUUUACCUUGCUGAGUGCUAGAUAUUUUUGUAUUCUUGUAAACAUUCCUUUUUAAAAAUUUUUCCUUUUGAGACAGUCUCACUCUGUCGCCAGGCUGGAGUGCAGUGGCGCAAUCUCAGCUCACUGCAACCUCCACCACCCAGGUUCAAGCAAUUCCCCUGCCUCAGCCUCCCGAGUAGCUGGGACUACAGGCGCCUGCCACCACGCCCAGCUAAUUUUUUGUAUUUUAGUAGAGACGGGGUUUCACCAUGUUGGCCAGGAUGGUCUCCAUCUCCUGACCUCGUGAUCCACCUACCUUGGCCUCCCAAAGUGCUGGGAUUACAGGCGUGAGCCGCCGCACCGGCCCCUAUAAUCAUUCUUAAGCUUUCUUCGGGACUGCAGUUAUUUGGAAGUAAUUUGGUCCUUUCAGACUUUUCAUUAAUAGUGUGUUAGGUCGAUCUGGAUCAGUGCUCAGCCUGGGGCUAAUCAUUUCCGACAGUCAAGGCAAGAACGUUCUGUGUACACUGCCUGCCCAGUGACCUGGGAGUCCUGAGGUCCUCCAGCCUGACUACUAGAAACAGGUGUCAUUACCAGGCUUCCAGUCCCCCGGAAUACUUCUGUCCCAGCAUCUGGUAGCUUCUUGACACGCAUUCAUCCAUCAGUUCUCUACUGAAUACUCCAGAGGGACACUUGAUAGAUCUCAGAGGUCCUCUCUCUGUGCGACUCUCUCCUCUCUGACACUCUGCCCCCACAAACUCCAGCUGCCUUGGUCCUCCCAGACUCUCUGCUGUCUCCUCUACCCAGGGAGUCCUCCAGCUCAGCCAGCUUCCCCUCCCUCACCAUAGCCUGGCAACUCUCUGAGGCAGUGAGCGGUGAGCAUCGCAGGUCUCCUCCCCUCCUUUGUUUUCUGUCUCUCAGGGAUCACUGUGCUAUGUUGCCUCAAGUCCAGUGCCUGGAAAACUGUUAUUUCAUAUGUGUGUGUGAAAAAAAAAAAUAUAUAUAUAUAUGUAUACACACACAUAUCUCUAUAUAAACACACAUAUGUGUGUGUGUAUUUACGUGAUUUUUUCAGUUGUUGCAGAUGGGAUGGCAAAGCCAAAAUCCAGUCCCUUUUGCUGUGUCUUUGGUGGGAGGGAACGUCCUUAAGGAUCGCUUGAAGUACAGGCUCCUUUUUCCAUCACUCAGAACAGAAGCGUGGCCAGCAGAGGUCGGCAGCAGGUCAGCUACUUCAGCUGGGGAUCUGGGAUCUGCUGUCACCUGCCAGCUCCUUGAUGCUAGACCCGGACAGCCCUUCUCCCUCUCUGGGCCUCACUCUCCCCUCCUUUAGAAGCCUGUAGACGCAGAGCAGCUGGGCUGUCUCCCUGAGCUCCCUCUACUUUUGGUCUGGUCUUUCCCAUGAUCAGUAGGGUCACACACCAGAACUUCACAUCAGGAGACUGCCUGUCCCUUCCCGCGUGGUCUUGUGGAUUCUGUGUGAAGCCCUGUGUGUCCGGGAUGGGAUGGGGACACUAAACUGCCCUAGACCUCCUACUUUUAUGAGGCCCUCCGGUAGAAAUGGCCCCUGACACGGGUCACUCAGACCCCCUACAUGACCCAACCAUGGCGCUUCCUUCCUCAGAGGUGGAGGGCCCUGACGGAGCCCUCUCCCAGCUUCCCCUGGCCAAGCUCUUCCCUCCGGACAACCCCACCCACCAGGUACGUGGAGAGGUCCCCUGGGGGAGAGGCACAAUUUCAGGGCCCAGCACAGCCCUGGUAGUGGGCCCCGGACCCAACUGUCCUUCCAUUAAGAAGGGCCAAGGCAGGUCCUGGGUUGGGAGGUUCUUCCGGCCAUUGCGUCACCCGCUCUUCCAGCUGACAGCUACCCAAGCCCGUUCCUCCCGCCCUGGGUGACAGAGGGGGGCAGGCAUUUCAACAUGGUGCUUUGGGCAGGGUUAGCCCCCGCCCAGGUUGUAUAUUUUAGGGCAGGUGGCCUGGGCUUCCUGGAUCAGGGCUGGUGGUGAGGCCGAUAUGCUAAAGAUCCUGCCUGCCCCGCCAGCUCACAGUCGGGGAAGCGAGGGCGGCAUAGGGGGAUGGGAGGGGCGGGCAGUCCGAGAGGGCUUCUCGGAGGCGGUGGCCUGUGCCGGGAGCGGUCUAGAAGCUAGGCGGUGAGGCGGGCCACCCUAGUGGAGCCCCGCGAGGCCCGGAAGCACCGAACCCAGAGCUUUAGGGGCCUUGGGCCGCUUCAAGCUGCAGAUGCUGGAGCGGAGCCUGCGGGAGGAGGAGCUGCGAGCACAGCACCAGGCCGCGCUGCUGCGCCUGCGAGAGAUGGCGCUCCGGGAGAAAACGCUCGCGGAGCUGGCCUGGCUGGAGCAUCGACGAGGGUGCCUGGACAGCAAGAGGGACAGAGCUGUGCUGGCCGCACUGGUUGAGAAGCAGCAGCAAGCCCUCAGCAGAUUCGAGAAGGAGCAGAGGGAAAUCCAAUACCUGAGACACACGCAGCUGUUCAGGCACCGAGACAGGAAGCUGCUUCUGCAGCAUCAGAGGGACAUCGUCUCCAUGCCGGGGCCUGUGGACACCCUCCCCAUCCCGGGGCCCACGGACGUCGUCCCAGUGCAUGAGCUGCAGGCCUGGGCCAAGCUGCAGCAGGGUUCCAGCCCCAAAGUCAAGGCCACCUGGGAGGGAGGCUCAGAGACAAGCCAGCAGCCAGAGGCCUCCCUGUGUCCCCUGACCCCGUGCAGGCCCAGCAGCUCCACCAGCCAUCACCCCCAGAGCAGCCCCGCAAGCUCAAAGGCCACGCGCCCUCCCACUGAGCAGCAGGAUGUGAUGCCGCCCCAGACAACCUCCGAUGCAGAUGGUCACCAGCAGCCUCCGAGGCCAGCGUGGGGCGAGGACACACACGACCCCCAGGGCCCGCUGGUGGAGAGUGGCAGCCAUGUCAGUCAAGAGCCUGGGGAGCAGCCUCGGGCCCCUCUGCUGGGCCUGCAGCACGUGAGCUCCCCGGACGGACAGCAGCUGGGCCCAGCCUUUCCCGCCGAGGAGGUGGAGGGGCGCCUCCCCACAGCUCAGUGCAGGUCCCGGGAGGUGAAGGAGCUACCCCCAGGUAAGCACCCUGGAAACACCGCGUGGGCCUCCACGGCGCCAGACACUUCCCCCACAUCCAGCAGAGCCUGUCCGAGGCUGGAGCUCAGCCACUGGACAAGGACGGAAAGCAAAGAAGAUGGGCCCUGGUGGCCCCCCACCCUGGCCUCGGACCCCUUCACUGCAAGAAGAGUGGCCGGCUCCAUCUCCUACCGGAGGUGACGCAGCGGCUCUUCUGGAGAAAUUAAAAGUCAUAACUGGCUGGGAUUGUUUUAGUUGCAACUUCGUUCAUCUGGGGCAGAUUUUUAAGCGUUU